AUGAAUCUCAAACGCUUCAUCGCAAUUUUGGCUGCUUUAGACCAGCUCCAGCAGGUCUUCGCGAAAGAAGCUCAAAACUGCAAAGUUGCAGCAUUCGACCUUUUGGCAAGUGCACAGGAGGUAGCUCUUCUUAUAGCUGCCUUCACUGUCGGGUGGCACUUGAUUGGGCCUUGUUUGGGGUUCCUUCGGCGAGGCAAACUGGUGAGAAACAGGGAAGUGCAGGACAGAGGCGAAGAGCCUAACGCUGCAAAAGAACCAUCUCAGAUUUGCAAAGCUGGAGAUUUGGUCGAAAGCUGGCUGCGUGCCGCAGAUCAAGCCAGUUUUGAGGAUAAGGAUCUUCCGAAGCCACAGCUCUACACCAAGGCCCUUCAGGCCUGCCUUAUGAGCAAUGAUUUGGACUCCGCAAGCCAACUUCUCCGACGAAGUUCGUGGCAGCUUCCAGAAGGUGGAAGAACAGCCAUCCAACUUGUGGCCCUGGCCCGACGGUUCUUGAAGCAACGAGACAUUUCCAGCGCCCACAAGUGCAUUCAAAGUGCACGUCGCCACAUCAAAGUUGAUCUACGCACUCGCAGGCUCUUCAUCGUUGCUUGCGCGCAGAGCGGCAGCAUGGACUUUAGUAGCAAAUGUUUCGAGGAGCUGAAGCGUGAGGGUUUGCAUCCGGACUUUGCCAUGUACUCUGCAAUGAUUCGUGGGUUUUGCCACGUCGGGAAGGUGGAGGAUGCCCUUACAUACUUCGAGCUUAUGCUGAGAGACCGUUUGCAACCAGAUGCAAUGCUCUUUGAUGCCCUGCUUGAGGGCUGUGUGAGCCACAAUCUCCUGCACGGGGCAGAGCAAGUCCUAGCUUCCAUGAAGGAUCUUGGCGUUCAACCGUCCAACACGACGUUGGCUGCGUGCAUCAAGCUGUAUUCCGCAAGAGGUGAGAUCGGUCGGGCUUAUGCUGUGUUCGAUGAUAUGGUGCAGAGUCACCAGCUACAACCCAAUGCCUAUGUGUAUGGCACCCUCAUUGCAGCUGCACUUCGCAAUGGCAGGCCAGAACUGGCCCUUGCGACUCAUGACUCUGGAGGCUGUUCUCCCAGUGCACGCACCUAUGAGCAUUUGAUGCAGUGCUGUCUUCAGCUGGGAUUGCUUGAAAGAGCUCUGGAGUUCUUGGACGAAGCCUUGGGUUUGAAGGAAUCAGCACCUUCCAGGCGAGCCUUCAUUGAUCCUAAGAUUGUAGAGGAGCUUUUGGUCCUAAUUGCUCGACGAAAGGAAUCCGAGAGACUGGGCAUGCCACUCCUCAAGCGCUUGGAAGCAGCUGACUUCGAGCUGCCAGAAACGUUUCACCGCUUUGUGAAGAUAAGCGAGAGCCAAUUCCCACUCGGAAGCAAGCGGAGGGCAGACCUUGAUCGCUGGCGUAGCUUCUCACGGUAA